UCAAGAUUUUAUUUUUUAUUUGCUAAUUGGAGCAUGUGUUAUUAGGAAGUGUCAGUUUUCAUGAUGUGGAUGCCUUUCUUUUCUAAGCUUUAACCCUCUAAAGAUUUCAUUUUCAUGGCAAAGUUUUGACUUUACUAAGUUUUGGUGGGUCGGAAGAUUCGUGCAAAGAGUUCUCACUUUAAUUAGCUUACUAAAUGUUUCACCUUUUUAGCUACUUUUCUUCUUCAAAUCUUUACAUGUCCUGAAAGAAGAAGAUAAUAUUAGUUAAGGAGCUUGUCAAUGGAGCAUUACGAGGUUCUUGAGCAGAUUGGGAAAGGCUCCUUUGGCUCAGCUCUUCUUGUGAGGCAUAAGCACGAGAAGAAACUGUAUGUUUUGAAGAAAAUCAGGCUGGCUAGGCAGACUGGUAGAACAAGAAGAUCUGCUCAUCAAGAGAUGGAACUAAUCUCAAAGAUCCGAAACCCAUUUAUCGUCGAAUAUAAAGACUCUUGGGUUGAAAAAGGUUGCUAUGUGUGCAUUGUUAUAGGCUAUUGCAAAGGCGGUGACAUGGCUGAAGCAAUAAAGAAAGCCAAUGGAGUUGAAUUCUCUGAAGAGGUGUUGUUGUACACCUCUGAUCUUAAAAGUUUAUUAGUACAGAAAGUUCUGAAUCUCUUUUUUGUUUUUCAGAAACUCUGCAGGUGGCUGGUACAACUCUUGAUGGCUCUUGAGUACUUACACGCCAGUCACAUUCUCCACCGUGAUGUCAAGUGUUCAAACAUAUUCUUGACAAAGGAUCACGAUAUACGUCUAGGUGACUUUGGACUUGCCAAGAUCUUGACAUCAGACGACCUUGCUUCUUCAGUGGUUGGAACACCAAGCUACAUGUGCCCUGAGCUACUUGCUGAUAUUCCCUACGGAUCAAAGUCUGAUAUUUGGUCGUUAGGAUGUUGUAUGUAUGAGAUGACGGCUUUGAAACCAGCAUUCAAAGCCUUUGACAUGCAAGGGCUGAUCAACAGGAUAAACAGAUCCAUCGUUGCUCCACUUCCUGUGCAAUAUUCUAUUGGCUUUCGAGGUUUGGUUAAAAGCAUGCUCAGGAAGAAUCCAGAACUCAGACCAAGCGCUUCUGAUCUUCUCAGACACCCGCUGCUUCAGCCCUACGUUCAAAAGGUUCUUCUCAAGGUGAGCUACCGAGGACAAGGUGAGUUACCAGAGUCUGAAUCCGCGAGAAGAAGAAGCUAUCCUGAGCAGAGAAGGCGUCCGCCUUCUGGCAAAUGCAAGAGCUAUGGUCCAAGCAGGUUUGAGGUUGAUCAGGAUGAUUCUGUUUCUUCUGUUAAACCCCUGCACACGUAUUUGAACAGGCGUAGGCCAGUGGAGUUGUCUACCAAGGUUGUUCGUAGACCAGCUGUUUCAAAAACUUCAGGGGUUUCUUACAGUUCAAAACAUGUGCCAGUGAGAUCAAGCCAGCCUAAGAGUGGUGGUCUGAAACCAGCUGCAACAACUCGUAGGGCCUCCUUACCAGUCUCACAAAAACCUUCAAAAGGAACAAAAGACACUCUCUACACUCCAACCAUCGGUAUACUCCAUCAGCUAAACUCUCCAGACGUCUCCGUAAACUCACCAAGAAUCGACACAAUCAAGUUCCCACUAGCUUCAUACGAAGAAAUGCCAUUCACUCCCGUUGUGCGCAACAAGAAGACCAAAGGAUCAUCCAAAGGAUCAUACAGCCCACCUCCAGAGCCACCGCUAGACUGCUCAAUCACAAAAGACAAGUUCACGCUUGAAGAACCAGAACGCUUGUCUGAUCAGAACGCGACGAGCAGGGCUUCCUCAGGUGCGUCAAGGAGUAGACAGAGGUUUGAUCCCAGCUCGUAUCAGCAACGUGCUGAGGCGCUUGAGGGGUUGCUUGAGUUCAGCGCGAGGCUGCUUUUGGACGAGAGGUAUGAUGAGCUGAAUGUGUUGCUGAAACCGUUUGGUCCGGGGAAAGUGUCGCCUAGAGAGACGGCGAUAUGGUUGUCUAAGAGUUACAAGGAAACUAGUGCUAGUAAGCAGGAAGGUUAAUGAACAUGGGUUCAAAGGCCUUUUUUGAAACUUGUUGAGGUUCCACGAUUUGAUAGAAGUUUGUUUUGACACUUAGGCUGUGUUUCUUUGAAGCUAACCCUUGUAUCUGAUGAAACAAUGAUAUUCAAGAAAGACUGACAUCUCCGUAA